AUGAUUGAACACCUUAAACCUGCUAGCUUUAAUUUCCAGAAAAUCAAAGUAUCUGUAGAUUGUUUAUGUAGAUUGUUAGAUAUCGAUUCCAGUGAUAUGACUCAUCCUGGUUUAUCCAUCAUCAAGUUACCAACCACAGAAUCUGUACCAGGUAACAACUUGGUAGAAAGUGCGGGAGAGAAAGUCGCUCAACGUGUCGUGUUAUUUCCAAAACAAAGUAACCCAGGAAGCCAACUUAUUUGGCGUGGUGGCUGUUUGCAAAGUAUUUUGAGUGAUGUGCCAAGUCAAAAUACUCAGUCCAGUGUUGGACAGCUAGGUAACAACUUUGGAGAAACCUUACAAAGAAAGAUAGUUAAUAUAAACCCUUUUGAAGAUAAACCCUUAUCUUUGUCAUUGCCGUCGGUUUGGAAUCAAAAUCAACAAGAUGGUACUAGCGAUGGGACCUGUUUUCUGAAUUCAAAAAACAAAAACUUGAAGAGACCUAGGAAUGAGUUCAAUCCUAAUAAUCCCGAAGGUAACAGUGAUUCAUCUGAAGAAAAAUCAUCUACAAAAGUCCGAGCAACCAAACCUCGCAUUCGGGCACAAACGAAACGUUCAGGGCGGCGAAAUGCUCCAAAGCCUGUACAACAACCUCUUCUUCUAACCUUGCGACCUUUUCAUCCACCUGGAAACUUAUUACUUCCUGCACUUGAUCUAAUGUCUAAGUUUGAUGGUUUAGUUUCAUUUGAAAAUGACAAAUUAGUGACAAAUAAUACUUCGAGUGGUUUAUCAACUAUCAAUGAAGAAAAUAUUGAAGAGACAUCAACGACAGUUAAUGCUUCUAUAUCAACUACUGGUCGGAUGAAAAGUAGUGCAGGAAUAAAUGAUAUCGACUUUGAGGAAUUUAAGCAUUACAGACGUCUCAAUGGGUAUUCACUUUUCGUGCAUGUCAAUAAGAAAAAAUAUGAAUCAUUUCCAGGCUCGACACCCAUUGAUGAUACAAAUGAUGCCAAUGAUAACAUACAAACUGGCCUUGGUAUCUCGAGUUCAGGAAAAGAAAACCAGAAAUCCAAUCGUAGAUGGCAGGCUUUGUGGUUAACAGUGCCAGAAAAAGUUAAACGCGAAUGGAAAAACAAGGCAAAGCGUCUUUUAAAACAAAUUGAACAGCAUGGAAAACGGGAAGUUCUAUCCGAAGAUAGAAAAUUAAGAGAACGUGAUCGUUUGGAAGUUCAACUCAGUCGCACACAAACAACAUUUUAUAGUUUGCUUGAUCUGGCCGCUCAUUUCCAGCUUUUAAGUGAUCGGUUUUCAACAUUUUCUAAAAAUGUUAAUGAUUAUGAGGGACCAGUUGACCCUGUAGGUGUAGAGUCGUUACUACUCGAUGGCUUAUUAACAUGUUUAAUCCCAUUGAUUGCGCUAACAAAUGAAUUGGAGCCAUUCACAGAAGUUCCUGAUCGUAAAACUAUAUGUGACGCUUUAACCAAUUUAACCUUUAUCGCUCCAUUUUAA